AUGGUGAACGUGGUGCCGCUGAACCUGUCCGUAGCCCUCGCCAACGGCAGUGUGUCGGAGCUAAUUCAGCGCGACACUAUCCUGCCUGCUUCCGCAACUGAGCUAUUUACUACUUCGGCUGACAAUCAAGAGGCUGUGUUUCUGCAGAUUUAUGAAGGUCAGCGCCUCAUGGCCAAGGAUAACACUCUCGUGGCUCAGCUGAGUGUAGCGGGCAUCACACCGCUGCCAAAGGGCGACGCUGAGAUUGAGGUAACCUUUACUGUCAGCACCAAGGGUGUCCUCACGGUGACCGCUUCGGAGCGCAAAGCUGGUAACAAAACGCUGGAGGUGACACCGGAUUUGAAGCGUCUGACGCCUGCCGACGUUGCUGUUAUUGUCAAGAAGGCGGAGGAUGCUGCUGAAGAGGAUUGUGAAUUGCUUGGUGAGCUGGAAGAUGCUGAGAAGGCCGCGGAGCUCGAGGUUGCCAUUCCCGAGAUCGAGACUGUCAGUGUCCCUGCCGUACCCGUUGUGCCUAUGCAAGACCUAGACUAA